AUGGGCCGAGUGGACUCCGCAGGUACUGGCUCAGUCUGGAAUAUGUUCUGUCCUUCAGAUGAAAACAUUCCCGAGCUGCAGAAGAGGCUAAACAAAUGCACCGGCAAUUACUACUGGAAGGAAGGAGACGAUUACUGUCAAGACCCUGAGCGGAUACGCCUGGCAGAGGGAGCCCAUCGAUGUAGCGGGCGCCUGGAGAUCUACUUUAACAAGACGUGGGGCACCGUGUGUGACGACGCCUGGUCUGAUUCCGGGGCCCGGGUGGUGUGUGCUCAGCUGGGCUGUGGGCCUCUCCUCAACACCUUGGGGGAGGAGGGGGUGGGCCUGCCCAGGGGCAGCCCGGGAAGCCCCAUCUGGCUGGACGAGGUGGAGUGCCGGGGCACGGAGCCCACCAUCUGGGCCUGCCGUUCGGCCUACUGGGGCGAGCACGACUGCCAUCACAAGGAGGACGUUCAGGUCAACUGCACAUAUCUUCCUGAGAAAGACCCAGUGUUGGGGAAUGACCCUUUUCGGGAUGACUUAAUCCCCAUCGUAGCCAGUAUCAUUCUGGCAAUCCUGCUCAUCAUCGUGACGACCGUGCUGAUCUACCAGAUCUACAACAGAGACAAAUCUGUUCUGGGCCGGACUCCGGCUCGACGUGAGGACGGAAUCUAUGAGGAUAUCGACUACGGCCGGGUGAAGCGAUUCUCCAAGAUCUCCCACGUUUCAGAAGCAACAAACUCGAGCGCCUCCCUGAACAAGAUCGAGUAUUACGUUGACGGGGAACUCCAGGAGGAAGACGGUGUUCUCCCAGAAGGAUAUGACGACGUAGACAAUGGCGCCCCCACAGGACUGAAGGAGUAUUACGAUGAUGUGGACAGAGACGGGGCGGAGUCUAUCGAGCUGGAAGUCCUUGGAGGAGGUGGGGAUGUCGGGCAGUCAGUCCCUGCCAGUGCCAGAGGCGGCUACGAGAAUGUAGCUGACUGGAGUUCAGGACAGCAAGCAACAGCCAGGUCAGGAGAUUACGACGAUGUUGAGAACGGGGACAAAGGGAAAGGUGGAAGUUACGAAAAUGUUCCGUCAUGUUCCUCGGAAACUACCGCUCAGAGUAAGGAGCCCAGAGCAGGAGAUUACGACGAUGUUGAGAACGAGGACAAAGGGAAAGGUGGAAGUUACGAAAAUGUUCCGUCAUGUUCCUCGGAGACUACCGCUCAGAGUAAGGAGCCCCGAGCAGGGGGCAGUUUUGGGCCUGUCUCUGGGCUGUCGGACCCUGAAUUCCUGAAGGGAUUUGCCGUGCUUCCCUUCAUUGUCCGGGGCGCGGAGUACAGGAGCCGGCAAACCAUGGAGCAGCGGAUGAGGAACCUUCAAUAG